AUGUUUUUUUUAAAGUACUGCAGAAACAGUCAGCUUACUGAGCCGGUUGUUAUUGCACGAUUAAAAAGUGUAGUUUAAAAUGUGAAACAGCUGAUUCGCCAAGUUCUCAGUGGCUGUGAACUGAAUGAUCUGAGGACUGAAUGGCUGUAACCUGCAGUGACCUGUUUUGAACUUAUAAACAUUCAGAUAGAGUCAGCUAAAGUCAUAAUGGUUUGGUGACUGGAGAGGCCACUGAAAUACACUGAACUCGUUGAGAUGACUUCUGCUGGAAGUAGCCGUUGUAAGAUGGGUAAAUUCUGGGCAUAAAGGAAUGAGCGUGGUCAGCAAUGAUGCUCAAGAGGUUGUGGCGUACAAACAAUGUUCCAUUGAUAUUAAAGGGACAAAAGUGUGCCAAGAAAACAUUCCCCGCAUCAUUACACCACCCCCACCAGCCUAGACUGGUGCCCCAAGGCAAGCUGGGUUCAUGAGUUCAUGCUUUUGGUACCAAAUUCUGACCCUCCCAUCUGUGUGCUUCAGCAGAAAUUGAGAUUCUUCAGACCAGGCUAUAAUUUUCCAGCCUUCGACUGUUCAGAUUUGGUGAGCUUGUUCCCACGUCAGCUUGUUCUUGGCCAUCAGAAGAACCCAGUGUAGUCUUCUGCUCUUGUAGCCCAUCCAGCUCAAGAUGCGUGCUUAGAUUCCCAUCAAGUCAACACCGUUGAGUAGUUAUUCGAUUUACCAUAGUCUUCCUGUCAGCUCAAAUCUGUCUGGCCAUUUUCCUCUGACCUCUCACAUCAACAAGGCACGUCUGCCAUCAAGACUCUGGAGACUGUUGGUUGUGAAAUUCCCAGGAGAUCAGCGGUUUUUGAAAUACUCAGACCAGCCUAUCUGGCAGCAGCGAUUAUGCCACUGUCACUGAGAUCCCCAUUCUGAUCAGUGAUGUGAACAUGAACUGAAACUCUCGUCCUGAAUCUGCAUGAUUUUAUAUGCUGUGUUGCUGCCACGUAAUUGGCCGAUUGGAUAAUCGCAUGAAUAAGAAGAAUCUGCUUGAUGAAUAAGAAUCAAGAUCUGCUUGAUCUUGGUGAGAAACCACUAUGCCAGUCACUAUUAGAAUAAAAUCAAAUCAUUUUAUUGCCACCAUAUCGUAGAUGGAAAUUCGAUUUGCGUCAUCCGUUCAGUUGUGUCUAAUAGAAAUAAUGACUACUUAAAGAUUCAGACCUAAUCAUAAACUCAGCCUUGACUCAGACGUCAUGUCCUGACUGUGAUUCAGACGUCUAGAGCAAUGGAGGGACAGAUGGACAGUUCAAGGCUUUCCAGCAUCAUCUCAGAACUCUGUGGCACUGAGGAGGAUCGGCCAUUUCCUGUGUGGCAGAAUGGCACCCUCAGUCCCUGCUUUAACCACAUCGUAUGUGGAUCUCUUGUGCAUGCUGUUACUGCAGUGCUCAGUGCCUGUUACCUGAGCGUGCUGAGACUCAGUCCCCCUCUGCCUUCACUGCCUGUUGGCUGGAUCGUCAGGUCUGUUGCUGCACUGCUGCUGGUUUUUGUUUUUAUCACGGAUUUGGGAUUGCUGCUUGUGCUCCACCAGCAGGACCUUUACUUGAACAUCUUGGCUGAUGGAUGUGGUCUUAUUGCAUGGCUGGUCCACUUUGGGGCCGUUUUGUCCUUGCAAAGAUCUGCCUACAGAAGGACUCGAGGUCCACCAUUUUUUCUGAUCUUGGCGAUUCUGCCUGUUCCUAACAUAGUCUUUACUGUUAUUACUUAUGUUCAGGAUGGCAGUCAUCUCAGUUCUGAGCACCCCUUGCAGCUCGGAAGAUUUGUCUUGUCUGUUACCAGGGCAGCCCUGAUCCUUUCGUACUUGGUAGCCUUUAUCUUUCCUUGUUACGCGUCGCAAAGGGAGUCUCUGCUUGUAAACACAGACGAUGGGGCUCCUCUUCUUGUUCCAGAGCCUGCUGGGGGAGAAAUGGUCGCGGAGGAUGGCUGUAGCUGCCUGUCCAGGUUUCUCUACUUGUGGUUGAACAUUCAACUGAGGCAAGGUCAACGUGGAGAGCUCGAGAGACCCUGCGAUGUUUUACAACUGCCCCAAAGGCUACGGACCAAAGCUGUUACUCAGCGCUUCAGUCAGAGUUGGGUACAGUGUCUGAAGAACAGAGUGCCAAGGGCACUUGGAAGGAACCAGCAGGAUGGUUUGUACAGUGAGAUCCAGCCUGAGGAGCUUUCAGACGAAAUGAGCCAACAUGAGGCAAGGCUCUUCAGGGUGCUACACAAGGCUUUUGGCCCACGCUACUACCUCCUUGGUGUGCUGAAGUUAAUGGCCAGUCUGCUAGCGUUCGCAGGACCACUACUCCUCAGCUGGCUCGUGGGUUUCAUGGAGACUCAGGGGGCACCACUGAGCAGAGGUGUGUGGUGUGCUGUGGGACUCUUCUCGAGCACAUUUUUCGCAGCAUUCCUCCGCAACGUCUUUGUUUUUGAAGUAUCGAAGAUUGCCCUGGAGGCUCGGGCUGCUGUGGUGUCCACUAUCUAUGCUAAAGCGCUGCGCGUCAGCAGCUCAGAACUGGCGCGUUUCACUAUGGGUGAGGUGGUCAACUACAUGAGCACGGACACAGACCGACUGGUCAAUUUUUUCAACAGCUUCCAUGAAGUUUGGAGUCUUCCUUUCCAGUUCAUCUUGGCCCUAUACCUGCUGUACCUGCAGGUGGGCGUCACCUUCCUGGGAGGGCUGGGUGUGGCUUUUCUGCUUGUGCCACUCAAUAGGGUGCUGGCAGCCCGCAUCCUGGAGAACAAUAAACACAUGCUGAUGCACAAGGACAACAGAGUGAAGUUAAUGACCGAAGUCCUUUUUGGAAUCCGAGUUCUCAAGUUCUAUAAUUGGGAGCAGCACGUUGCAGAGAAGAUAACUCAGAGUCGCAAAAAAGAGCUGCGUCACCUGAAGGUCUUGAAGUAUCUGGACGCAGUGUGUGUGUAUACCUGGGCAGCUCUUCCUGUCGUCAUCUCAAUCCUCACUUUCAUCACGUAUGUGCUGCUUGGAAACAGUCUUACUGCAGCUAAGGUUUUCACUACUCUGGCUCUAGUGGGCAUGCUCAUUCUUCCACUCAAUGCCUUCCCCUGGGUUCUUAAUGGCACACUGGAAGCCAAAGUAUCUCUGGACCGCAUUCAGCUCUUCCUCAGUCUACAGGAUCAAGACUUCAGUGUAUACUACAGCCAAGUAUCUCCUGACGAUCCCCUAACUGCCAUUCAGCUGACUCAAGCCAAUUUCUCAUGGACGAAGCCAGAUUCACAGUCUAACCCUGAGGUGGAGGACACAGCUCCAACAGGAAGUCUGUACCUGCAUAAUCUCAACUUAACUGUCAAGAAGGGCUCUCUGUUUGUUGUGGUUGGCAAAGUUGGCUGUGGGAAAAGCUCACUAUUAGCUGGAAUUACAGGAGAGCUGAACAGAGUUGGAGGCAUUGUGCACAUCCAAGGCAGAGAACAGGGCUUUGGCUUGGUUACCCAGGAGCCAUGGAUCCAGCAUGCAUCCGUGCGUGACAACAUCCUGUUUGGAAAGAACUUUGACAGUGGCUUCUAUCAAGCUGUGCUUGAGGCUUGUGCCCUCACUGCAGACCUUAAUAUUUUGCCAAAUGGGGAUCAGACAGAAGUAGGAGAGAAUGGAGUGACACUCAGUGGAGGGCAAAAAAGUCGACUCGCUCUAGCCCGAGCUGUUUAUAUGGACAAAGAUAUCUAUCUGCUGGAUGAUCCUUUAGCAGCAGUCGAUGCUGGUGUGGCUCAUCAUCUCAUGGAGAAAUGCAUUUUGGGAAUUCUUAGGACCAAGACCAGAAUCCUUUGCACUCACAGAAUAGAGUUUGUAGAGAAAGCUGAUAUGGUGAUCCUGAUGGACAGUGGGACAAUUGUAAAAACAGGAACACCACAGGAGGUCUUAUCUCUGGUGAAAGAUGUAUCUGUGGGUAGCAUGAAGGAGAAAGAUGGCACUGAAGAUGAAGAAGAAGAAAAAGAGCUGACGAAUGAGACAGUUUCAGAGGAGGGGCUACGCACAAUAGGGGAGGAGCAGAAGCAGAUGGGUGGGCUUGCCUGGACAGUCUAUAAGUCCUAUUGGAAAGCAGUUGGCAGGUGUAUGGCUGUGUCUGUCCUUUUAUCCCUGCUCCUCAUGCAAGGCUCUAAGAACGUGUCUGAUUGGUGGCUGUCUCACUGGAUCUCCAACUUAAAAGCCAAUGGGUCUCAACUGGUGUCUGUAACAGCAAGUCCUCUCUCUACCCUAGUGCUUCUCUCUGCAGACACACUUGCGUUUCCUUUACCAGUCAGAGACUCAUUUGGCAAUAUGAGUUCAGACCUGAAGUUCUACAUGACUGUGUACGGUUCUCUAGCUGUAGCGAAUACCGUCUUCACUGCUGCUCGUGCCUUCCUGUUUGCUUAUGGAGCAAUCCACGCUGCCACGGUCAUCCACAGAAGACUGCUGGAUAGUGUGCUUAAGGCAACGGUGACGUUCUUUGACACCACUCCUCUGGGCCGAAUCCUAAAUCGCUUCUCCUCUGACAUCUAUAGCAUAGAUGACUCGCUGCCUUUUGUCCUCAACAUCCUUCUAGCCAAUGUUUUCGGGUUGUUGGGCAUGCUGGUGGUGAUGAGCUAUGGGCUCCCCUGGGUGCUGCUCCCUCUCUUUCCACUAGGGGUGCUGUACUACCAAACUCAGAGGUUUUAUCGGCAUUCCUCCCGUGAGCUCAAACGUUUGUGCAGCCUCACACUUUCACCAGUCUAUUCACACUUCUCCGAGACACUCAGUGGCCUGGCAACAGUGCGGGCCAGUGGACACACUGCCAGGUUUGAGGAGGAGAAUGAGAGGCGGUUGGAUCAGAACCAGCGCUGUGUGUUCAUCAGUAAUGCCGCCAUGCAGUGGCUAGACAUUCGGCUGCAGAUGAUUGGCGUCGCUGUAGUGACCGGCAUUAGUAUAAUCGCCGUGGUCCAGCACCAGAUAAGAUCCGUUGAUCCAGGUAUGGUGGGUCUGGCUCUGUCCUAUGCUCUGACCAUCACUAACCUGCUGUCAGGACUGAUCUUUAGCUUCGCCCAGACUGAGAUGCAGCUGGUGAGCGUGGAGCGUACUGAGGAGUAUUCCACCUCCAUCCCUCUGGAACCACAGCAUGGCAAAGCAACGCUUCCAGCUUCCUGGCCGGAGCAUGGUCGAGUGGAGUUUGACGCAGCUGUUUUGGCGUAUCGGCCUGGAUUGCCCAAUGCUCUGGAUGGCGUUAGCUUUAUGGUGAAGCCAGGUGAAAGGGUGGGUAUCAUUGGACGCACUGGCUCGGGGAAGUCUAGUCUGUUCCUGGCACUGUUUCGUAUGGUGGAACUGAAGCAAGGAUGCAUACUCCUGGACGGAGAGGACAUCAGUCAAGUUGGGCUUUCUCAGCUUAGGUCCAAGCUGGCCAUCAUCCCCCAGGAUCCCUUUUUAUUCUCUCACUCGGUGAGAGAGAACCUCGACCCCUGUGGGCGUCAGCUCGAACAUCGGCUACUAGACGCUUUGGAGCAAUGUCACCUAGGAGACAUAGUUCGAAGAAUAGGAGGGUUGGAUGCUGCAGUCGGAGAGAGAGGAAAGUCUCUUUCAGUUGGCCAAAGGCAGCUGCUGUGUCUUGCUCGGGCUCUUCUGACUGAAGCUAACGUUUUAUGUAUCGACGAAGCUACAGCCAGCGUAGAUCACAAGACUGACAUGCUUUUACAGAAAACUAUCCGAGAAAGAUUUAAGCACAAGACAGUGCUCACCAUUGCCCACAGACUCAACACCAUCAUGGACUCUGACAGAGUUCUGGUGAUGCAUGCGGGGAAGGUGGUGGAGUUUGACAGCCCAUCUGCUCUCCGCAAAAAAGAAAUUCAGUUUUUCAGAAACUUCUGCACGGAAGAGACGAAUGACUGAUUUUAUCCAAAUAAUGGUAAUGCUAAAUAAGCUUAAAUAGAAGCGCUGAUCUUGAGCGGUUGUUCAGUGGUUUUACAGACUUUGUAUCAGUUUGAUUAAAAAACCUCAAAUGGACUGGGAUUUCUUUACAUCAUGGUUACAUGAUCACACUUGUGUUGGGAAUUUGACAACAGUGUCAUAGCAGUUUAGAGGUAAAUUAAAUGCCAUCUGAUCUGUUACCACAGUUUAUGAGAAAUCUGCUGCUUGUUUUAUGCUCUCAUCACAUAUGUAUUUCUGUAUAAUUUAUCUAGAAAGUAGAAAUUUGUACACUGUCAGAAUUAGGGGUACAGUAGGAGUCCACUUCUGUCCCCCAAGAUACAGUCUAUACUAAUGUACCCAUUAGAGCUCAUUACUGGACCUCAGAGUAACUGUGUACCAUACCUUUUUAGGGUCAAAAAGAUAUAUACAUACACCGUGCCUUGCAAAAGUAUUCAUCCCCCUUGGUGUUUGUCCUGUUUUGUCGCAUUACAAGCUGGAAUUAAAAUGGAUUUUUGGAGAGUUAGGACCAUUUGAUUUACACAACUUGCCUACCACUUUAAAGAUGCACAUUGUUGUUUUAUUGUGACACAAACAAUAAUUAAGAUGAAAAAACAGAAAUCUGGAGUGUGUAUCGGUAUUCACCCCCCAAAGUCAAUACUUUGUAGAGCUGCAAUUACAGCUGCAAGUCUCUUGGGGUAUGUCUCUAGUAGCUUAACACGUCUAGCCACUCGGAUUUUUGUCCAUUCCUAACAGGACAAACACAAAGGGGGAUGAAUACUUUUUCAAGGCACUGUGUGUGUGUGUGUAUAUAUAUACAGU